UGUAUACCAGAUUGUUAGUCGCUGUGCAAUUUCCAUCCAGUAAUAACACACUUCUUGAGCUCUUCCCAUUCCCCUCACUUCUGGGUCUUGUCUUCUGACGGACACACGCUUCCGCCAUCACCAUUCACCACCGCGAUCACACUCUCCGCCAAAUUUGGAUUCGAAGGCGAUUUCUAUUCCGCGCCUCAGAGGGACCCGAAGAGUGGCCGGGAAAGAAAAAUGGGGCUAGGGUUACUAGCUUCACGGGUACUCAGACCCCGCGCUAACCCCAGGAAUCUCUUCCUCCUCCGCUCCAUCGUCACCAAGCCCGAGCUCCAAUCUCCCGAGGCUGCCGCAGCGGCCGCGCCAGAGCCGACUCCAGAUCUCCCGCCUCGGAACCCGAUGGGCGGGGCCCGGGUUCACUUCCCCAAUCCCGAGGACGCCAUCGAGGUGUUCGUCGAUGGGUAUCCUGUCAAAAUCCCCAAGGGGAUGACGGUUCUGCAGGCUUGUGAAAUCGCCGGGGUUGAUAUCCCGAGGUUCUGUUACCACAGCCGUCUCUCGAUCGCAGGGAACUGCAGAAUGUGUCUUGUUGAGGUUGAGAAGUCCCCAAAGCCUGUCGCCUCCUGUGCCAUGCCUGCUCUUCCUGUCGGCGAAUCGCGAAUUAUUGCAGGGAUGAAAAUUAAAACAGACACUCCUUUGGCGAAGAAGGCACGUGAAGGGGUGAUGGAAUUCUUGUUGAUGAAUCAUCCUUUGGAUUGCCCAAUCUGUGAUCAAGGUGGAGAAUGCGAUCUUCAAGAUCAGUCCAUGGCUUUUGGAUCUGAUCGAGGCAGGUUCACUGAAAUGAAGCGGUCUGUGGUUGAUAAGAAUUUAGGCCCUCUGGUCAAGACUGUUAUGACUCGAUGCAUACAGUGUACAAGAUGUGUCAGGUUUGCAACUGAAGUUGCUGGUACUCAGGAUCUUGGCAUGUUAGGUCGUGGAAGUGGAGAAGAAAUUGGGACUUACGUUGAGAAACUAAUGACCAGUGAACUCUCUGGAAAUGUUAUAGAUAUAUGUCCUGUUGGUGCUCUUACAUCAAAGCCUUUCGCAUUUAAAGCCAGGAAUUGGGAACUAAAGGGAACCGAGAGCAUUGAUGUUAGUGAUGCUGUCGGAUCCAACAUCCGGAUAGAUAGCAGAGGUCCAGAAGUUAUGCGCAUUCUCCCGAGGUUGAAUGAGGAAAUAAAUGAAGAAUGGAUAUCGGAUAAAACUAGGUUCUCUUAUGAUGGUUUGAAGAGGCAGAGACUUAAUGAUCCAAUGAUCCGGGGGUCUGAUGGUCGCUUUAAAACUGUUAGCUGGCGAGAUGCCUUAGCCGUGGUUGCUGAGGUGAUCCAUCAGGUUAAACCAGAAGAAAUUGUUGGGAUUGCUGGCCAGCUAUCUGAUGCUGAAUCCAUGAUGGUGCUGAAAGAUUUCUUGAACAAAAUGGGGUCAAAUAAUGUUACAUGUGAAGGAAAUGGUCCUAGUCCAGUUGCUGAUCUCCGAUCUGGAUACAUCAUGAACACUGGUAUAAGUGACCUUGAAAAGGCGGAUGCUUUCCUCCUGGUUGGCACUCAGCCAAGGGUAGAAGCUGCCAUGGUAAAUGCCAGAAUCCGCAAGACCGUCAGAGCAAACAAUGCCAAAGUCGGUUACAUUGGCCAACCUACCGAAUUCAACUACGAUUGUCAGCAUCUCGGGACAGGCCCAGAGACCCUAGUCGAAAUUGCUGAGGGACGACAUCCAUUCUCCUCGACAAUAAAAAACGCCAAAAACCCAGCUAUAGUUGUGGGUGCAGGUCUCUUCGAUAGACAAGACAAGGAAGCCAUAUUCGCCACAGUCGAGAACAUUGCCACCAGCUUCAACGUGAUUAGACCAGACUGGAAUGGAUUCAAUGUCUUGCUCCUCAACGCCGCCCAAGCUGCCGCUCUCGAUCUUGGGCUGGUCCCACAGUCGACUGACGGAAUCAAGUCUGCCAAGUUUGUCUAUCUAAUGGGUGCUGAUGACGUGAACCUGGAUGAAAUCCCAAAAGACGCAUUUGUCGUUUAUCAGGGUCACCAUGGUGACAAGAGUGUGUACCGUGCUAACGUAAUCCUCCCUGCAUCGGCAUUUUCUGAGAAGGAAGGAACGUAUGAGAACACCGAAGGAUGCUCGCAGCAGACUUUGGCAGCAGUCCCCACAGUUGGUGAUGCAAGAGAUGACUGGAAGAUCAUUCGCGCAUUGUCUGAAGUUGCUGGAGCCCCCUUGCCCUACGAUACAGCUGGGGGUGUUAGGUCACGAAUUAGGAUGGUUGCACCAAAUCUCUUGAGCUUGGACGAGAGAGAGCCCGCGACAUUUGGACCAUCACUGAAACCUGAGGUUAAAGAGAAGGUGAGCUCCACUCCGUUUAAGACCGCUGUGGACAAUUUCUACAUGACCAACUCCAUUACUAGGGCUUCGAAGAUCAUGGCGCAGUGCAGCUCCCAGUUGCUGAAGAAGUGAGUGGUGCUUGCUGAUUUUUUCUCCCCUUUUCUCUUUUUGUGUUCAAAAUAAGAUUUGGAGAAUUUCAAUGUGGCGAUGUCCUGAACGGAGGGCAAGAGGGUAAUGUUAGGGAACAACGCAGGCAUGUGCAAUAAAGUUGUAUGGUUAGAAAAAGGGCUGUGUUUUUAUGUUCAAUGUAACGUAGCCUGCAAUGUAAGUGGAAUUUGCUGUAAAACACCCUAUCAUCUUGUAAAACAAUAUGACGACCAGAUUUUGAAUGGACAAGGACGUGGGUUGGAAUUGCCAACAACCUGUUUGUUUCAUUGAUUGAAUUCUGGGAUGUUUUAGUUCCAAGUCUGUGGGAGCUGAGCUGAGCUGAGUGCUGACAGCCUGACACCUUGAUGGAUGUACCAUUGGGGAACUCUUAGGCGGCGUAGCCCUUAGCAACUUCUCUCCUCAAGCUAUGUUCCUGUUCGUCGCAUUAAUUUCCUCCCGCCAAUUUCUCUAUCACCAUCUCAGUCGGUGAAAGACCUCCGCCAUCACUGACAGGAGACCAUGCAUGUUCA